GCAACGAUGGCAUAUGCACGGCUACCAGCGUCGGCGGCCCAACCCAAGGCAGCGAUGCCUCAGAGAGUGGUCGUGCCGCCGCCAGCCGAUCAAGGCGUGGUGUGGCGUCGCCCCGUGGCACGGAUGCCGGCACCAGGUCUAGAGCAACUGCCGGCCAUGCAACCGAUCCCGGGAUGCCCCCAGGGCCUGGAGUACCUGAGCGUCGUGGACCAGCUCCUCGUCCACCAGCAGCUGCAACUCUUGGAAAUGUUGCUGCCGUUCGAGCAGCAGAACAAGUACGUGGUGAAGAACUCCAUGGGCCAGUUCGUCUUCAUGGCGUUCGAAGAGAGCGACAUGGCGAGCCGUUGCUGCUGCAGCAACUGCCGGCCCUUCGAGAUGGCGCUGUUCGACUACCGUAGCGUCGAAGUGAUGCGACUGUAUCGGCCGCUACGAUGCAUUUCAUGCCUUUGCUUCUGUUGUCUUCAGGUUUCCAAGUACGCCCUGUACGUACCAACAUCCGCAUCCAAUGAUCAGUAUCCAACAUGUGCCAUCGGCUUGCAACAACGUCCCAACUCGCCCUGUCGUACCAACAUCAGCUUCCAAUAA